AUGGAGCCUGAAAAGAACUCAUGUCAAGCCAAAGUCGAGAGUUCCUCGGACCUUCUGGAGCCGGAAGUAAACACAGACGAGUAUCCACAGGGCGUUAAACUGGGAUUCAUCAUAAUCGGUCUUCUCUUUUGUCUUUUCUUGUUAAACUAUCGUCGCAACGGCAAUACCAAAGUUGAUCAAGUCGGCUGGUACGGCUCAGCAUGUUUCUUGACUUUGGCUGCUUUCCAGUCCUUAUGUGGAAAGCUCUAUCGUUAUUGCAGUCUGAAGUAUACUUAUAUUGCCGCUGGACUAAUUUUUGAAAUUGGAAGUCUUAUCUGCGAAACAGGAACUGCCAGAAACAGGACGUCUCUUAUCAUAGGUCGGGCAAUAACAGGUAUUGGUGGCGCAGGGUUGUAUUGCGGUACCUACACAAUCAUCGCAUUUAUCGUGCCUCGGGAGAAGCGGAGUCAAUAUACUGGACUGGUAGGACUUUCAUACGCCAUUGAAAGCGUUGCAGGCCCUUUGAUCGGGGGCGCAUUCACGGAUUCCGUCAGCUGGAGGUGGUGGUACGGCAACGAGCCCCCAAAUGAAGGUGACCUUGGAUCACUCACCAUUCUUCAGCUUCUAUGUGAACCUUCCAAUCGAGAGAUUAUUCUACAAUUGGAUCUUCUCGGCGCUGCCUCGAUACUUGCGGUUUUUGUUUGCUUUCUUUUGGCCAUGCAAUGGGCUGGUGUAACUAAAGCUUGGGAUUCCGCUGCGGUUAUUGCAUGUCUAGUUCUCUCUGGCUUUCUUACCAUCGUCUUUUUUGGCAUUCAGUUCUGGAUGAAAGAGCGAGCAUCUCUUGUCCCCCGGAUCCUUGUCAAUCGGACAAUUAUUGGAAUCUCGAUCUUUGCAUUCUUCCAAAAUGGGGUCAAUUUCUAUUUUACUUAUUAUAUACCGGUCUUUUUCCAAUCCAUUGAUAACUAUUCGGCCGCACAAAGUGGGAUUUACAACUUACCUUUGAUCUUUGGAGCCUGUCAGUAUCAAAAACAAGAUUCUAAGGCCUUCUCAUCAAUCAAUGCAGACUAA